GAUUCCUUAUGUAUUAUAAAAUUACAGAUGACGUCAUAGGGGAAAACCCCUUCUAAAACAAACUCCCCAGAAUGUAAUCGCCCCUGGAUUUCCCUGUACGUAAACGCAUCCGGCCGGGCUGCCGACAUUAACGGCCAUACCAGAGGUACCCUGAGAGGCUCUCACGUAACCAUGGAGAUGUGGAACCACCAUCCGGAGGAGGACAGUGUAGCCAACCUCGCCGUGGAAUAUAUUGAGGACAAGAGCCACAAAGAGGGACAAGACAACGACGAGACGAAGCCCCUAGUCAGAAUCACUAGUGUUGAAGAUGACCACUCCCUAGAACAGCAGACAUCUCCAUUGUCCUCCAGAUUCAUCUGUAACGAUCACACAGAAAUGAACAGAGAACAAUGUGCGGAGUGUUCGUUGAUCAAAGAUUUAAUCAGGCACUCGCCCGAGUCUACCAUCUUCUGGCAUACAAUCAAGUUGGGUCCAUCUGAAGGAGGCUGUCACCAGAAGUAUAUGGCUCAUUUCCUGACUGCAUUGGACGAUUAUGCCAGAGACCCCUGUCUUAAGGAUGAAAAGACAACAGCAUUGCUCAAACGGCUCUUACGGGUAGACCACAUAGAUGUCACCGCAAGAGUUGAGUACUCCAACUUCGCACGCUUAGUCCAGUAUUUCGGCCCGAUAAGGAGGAACAACUGUAUUAUGGUGAAACAGAUUCAUAACAUCGUACAAAAGUCGUCCGUAUUCACCAAUAAAAUUCGCAAGGAGACAGUGAGUUGGUUCGCUGGAGAUAUGACACGGGACACAGCCGACUCUCUCAUACUCGAUCACAGCAGUGGCACUUACCUUGUCAGGAUGAGCCAGACCUUUCCCGGGUGUUUCGUUGUUUCUGUGACGUCAGGAGGCUCAUUGUUUCAUAUCGCUAUUGAGGCUGAUGUCGCCACGGCCUUACGAAGUGACCCCUACAACGCCAACUUACGACUGCACGGCCUGGUGUACCCGAGCCUGGUUGAGGCAGCUCAGUCCUUAAAGACUCGGAUCUUAGAAACGGAGGAUGGACUGGAGAUCAUGUGUAGGAAGUGCUGCCCGAACCUCGCAAUCAACGCUAUCAUAUCCGGUUACCGGAAGUCAACUAAACGCCGCUGAUGAUAUCUGAUUAACAAUUUUUCGAGUACCAGAACUAAUUUAAACGGCGGCUGUGGCAUUCAAACAGCAUCCAACAUCCCAUUACCAAAGUCUUCUAAACAACAAUGAUGAUAUCGAAGCAAAGUCGUAUCGGAUUAAGUCCACUUAAUUGGUACCUGUGCUUUUAUAUAACGCAUGGUUAGGACGUGGUGUUGCUGUACUUUAACUCCCGCAGUCGUUUUUGGUAGUAUUGCGAAAUCAUUACUGAUAAUACGCUGGACGUACACUUCAUAAAACAACACGGCUGAUACAUAGUUUCUAUUUAAACAUUGCAUACAAGGCUUGUCGCAAAUCAGUCAUUGAGCAGUGUAUAUGUGUAAUAAAUACUGUUCAACAUCCUCAAAAUAUUCCUCGUUCACUUUACCAUGUUAACGGUAAACGUUCAUACAAGUUUGGAAAUAACUAAAAUCCGUCCUGCUUCUGAGCUACUGUAAAAGUACCAUCGCCAAAUUAUUUCCCAAUUGGGGAGAAAACCACGGACGUUGUGAUAUGAAUCUGUAUAUUCACAAUGAAAUCAAAUCAACCAUUUGGGUAAUCAACGACGAAACCCCAUUUCAGUUAUCCCUCUUAUUUGUUUUUCACAAUUUUUUAGAUUAAUAAAAUAUUAUCCAAAUGAUUUCCUCAAAAUACACCCAUUAUUCCAAGGAGAAUAUGAAUUAGUUCAUUUGGAAGUGGCCAAUACUGGUAAAUCACGGGGUGAGACCGGUGUUGGAUUUCUACCUCCAAGAUGGUGAGCCUUCUGGUAUCCAACUAUAAAAUAUGGGAGGGGGGAGUUCUCAUGCAUUUUGAGGUUAUUCUGAGGUCAUCUUGAUGUUGCCUUAUAGUACAUGGUACCACUGACGAUUCCUCUUAUGCUUCGAAAAUGUAUGGGGUCAUCCUCCGGUUUCCUCCCACAAUAAGACCCCCUGCGCGCUAACAUCCGGGUCAACAAGAGUGAUUAAUAUAAGUUGAAACAACUUGUUUCAUAAUUGUUGUAAAAUAAAUAAGGAUUCCAGCAUUGUGUCAUGCUCAAUCAGUCAAUGUAUUAUAUCUUAUAUAUCAAAUAAACUAUGAUUUGUCUAAAUUAAAUGUUACAUA